AGGAGAGGAGAGCAGAAGAGCCGCCAGGACCUCUGAGAAGCCUCUGAGAAGCCGGGAUAUCAAGACAGAAGAUGUUUCAAACUGGGGGCCUUAUUGUCCUUUGUGGGCUGCUGGCCCAGACCACAGCCCAGUUAGAUGUCCUGCCCUUGUCCCUGGACAAUGGCCUGCCUUUGGCUAAAACUCCACCCCAGGACCCACAUCCCACAGAUCUUGCUGGAAGCUUAACGAGUGGUCUCAGCAGCGGCCUACUCUCUAAGAAUCUGUUGGGCAUUCUACAAAACCUUCCACUCUUGGACGUCCUGAAGUCUAGAGGAGACACUUCUGGGGGUCUGCUUGGAGGUCUGCUUGGGAAAGUGACUUCAUUGGUCCCUGUCCUGAACAACAUCGUUGAGCUGAAGAUCACUGACCCCCAGCUCCUGGAACUAGGCCUGGUGCAGAGCCCUGAUGGCCAUCGCCUCUACGUCACCAUCCCUUUGGGCAUGAUCCUCAAUGUGAAACUGCCCGUGACCGGAAGUCUGUUAAAACUGGCUGUGAAGCUAAACAUCACUGCAGAAAUUUUGGCUGUGAAAAACGCACAGGGGAGGAUCCACCUGGUCCUUGGUGACUGCACUCACUCCCCCGGGAGACUGCAAAUCUCCCUGCUUGAUGGACUUGCCCCCCUCCCCGUUCAAAGCCUUCUUGAUGGUCUCACCGGCAUCUUGAAUGAAGUCCUUCCUGAGCUGGUGCAGGGCGAGGUGUGCCCUCUGGUCAAUGAGGUUCUCAGCCACUUGGACGUCACCCUGGUACAUUCCAUUGCUGAAAUACUGAUCCAUGGGCUGGAAUUUGUCAUCAACAUCUAAGCCUUCCAGGAAGGGACCCAGCCUCUGUGGAGCCAAGCCACAUCCUGCUGCUCAAUCCACUCCCUGCUCAGGUUCCGAGGGCUCACAGAAGGCUGACCCACGUCCUGGACAAUGACAUGGCCCCUAUGUGGGGACCGGAGCAGCCUUCUCUCCAAGGAAGCUGCUCUCCCUCCUUUCCCACAGGCACGUGUUAUAGCCCAUGUCCUCACCAAAUAAAGUUGCUCCUUC